UGGCAGCCGGCGGUCGAGAACCCGCCAAAACUUGCAUGUCGCUGCAUUGUUUGUGCUAGAAAGUGUGUUUCGGUGAUCAAAAUUUACGAAUUGCGACCGCGAUGGCCAACUCGGAGCUCUCCAAGGGCGCGUUCGCGGUCAUCAUGAACGGGGGCGAAUUCGCCAAUCCGGUAGUCCAGGUGUUGACGCUCAAAAAGAUGAACGCGAAUUCGAACCAGCCGGAGAAGGACCGCUACCGUUGCUUCCUCUCCGACGGCCUGUACACGAUAUCGUUCGCUAUGAUGGCGGCCGCGGUCCACGACAAAGGAGCCCCGAACGGCCUGAAACGCUUCUCCGUCAUCAAAAUCACGCGGUACAUCACGAGCGUCAUCAACAACACGGGCUCCAAAAGCGACAGCCGGGUACUGCUGGUGCUCGACAUGGAGCUGCUGAGGGACGGGGACGCGGUGGGCGACAAAAUCGGCAACCCGGUGCCGUAUUCGGAGGCCGCGGUUGCGUCCGUUAAGCGAGGCAACGUUUCGAGCGAUGAUUCUCCUCAGAGAGAUCCGCCGUCGAAGGUGCCUCGUUUAAUGAACGGUUCCGGGGCCGGCGCCGUCUCCGAUUCCAACGUCAGCCUCGGGGGAUCCGGCCAGAUUACUCAUCCGAUCGCCAGUUUGAGCCCCUACCACAACCGGUGGGUGAUCAAGGUGAGGGUGUCGAACAAGUCUUCGAUACGUACGUGGAGCAACUCGAAAGGCGACGGCAAACUGUUCAACGUCGACCUCGUCGACGAGAGCGGAGAGAUCCGACUCACGUUCUUCCGCGACUUGGCGGAUAAGUUCUACGAUCAGCUCCAGGUCGACAAGGUGUAUUACAUAUCCAAGUGCCAGCUGAAGACUGCGAACAAGCAGUUCAACAGUCUGAAGAACGACUACGAGAUGACCGCGGUGCCCGACACGAUCGUGGAGGAGUGCGUCGAAGAAGACGUCGACAAUAUCCCCCAUACCCAGUACAAUUUCACCCCCAUCGCACGCAUCUCCCAGAUCGAGGUCAACUCCCACGUGGACGUGAUCGGCGUUGCCAAGUCGGCGUCCGACCUGCAGACGUUCCAGGCGAAGAGCACGGGUCGCGAGCUGCGCAAGAGGGAGGUCACGCUCGUCGACGAGACCAACAGCUCGGUGUCGCUCACGCUGUGGGGCGCCGAGGCGGACACCUUCGACGUCUCCUCCAACCCCGUGGUCGUCAUCAAAGGGGCGAAGGUGACCGAAUUCGGGGGCGGCAAGAAUCUCUCGGUCGGCAUCGGUAGUCAGUUAAGGAUCAAUCCCGAUCUGAAGGAAUGCUACCGUCUCAAAGGGUGGUUCGAGUCGGAGGGUCGUCUCAUGGAGCCGACCAACAUCAGCUCGACGACGGGCAACUUUCAGACCCCGUGGAUGAGUUUCAAGCAGGUGAUCGAUCAGCAGCUCGGGCAGAACGACCGGGGCGACUACUACCAAGUGAAGGGCACCGUGCUGCUGCUCAGAUCAGAGAAUUGCGCGUACAAAGCUUGCCCCCAGUCGGAUUGUAACAAGAAAGUCAACGACAUGAACAACGGGUACUACAGAUGCGAGAAGUGCAACAAGGAGUACCCGGAAUUCAAGUGGAGGCUGAUGGGCAGCAUGAACGUGGGCGACUGGAGCGGCAACCAAUGGGUCAGCAUGUUCAACGACGAAGCAGAGAAGAUAAUAGGCAAGAGCGCGCGCGACGUCGGUGAGAUUUUAGAGGCGGGGCCGAGCGAGGUGCGCGAGUUAAUGAACCAGGCGCACUUUAAAGAGUUUAUAUUGAAGUGCCGCGCCAAGGUCGAGAUGUUUAACGACGAGGCUCGGCUCAAGACGGUGGUUGUGAAGGCCGAUCCCAUCAACUACGAGGAGUACAACGCUUACCUUAUCAGCAGUAUCAAGCAGCUUGCCAAUAUUAAUGAUUAAAGUCUUUCCCUGUUAUUUCUUUUUCCUUCAGUUUAAUAUAUUUGGCAAACAGUUUCUUACAAGAACAGUCUUUUAUUUACACGAAAUAUAUAUAUAUACUUAAGCUAUCCCAAGCAAAG